UUUGGAGCAAGAAUCAUGACUGGAGGGUGUUAUGACUACCUCCAGAAGGGCGAGAAGGCCACCAUGCAAGACUUGAAUGACCGUCUGGCAUCAUACCUAGACAAGGUGCACUCUCUGGAGGCUGCCAAUGCUACUUUGGAGAAGCAGAUCCGGGAGUACUAUGAAAAGAAGGGGCUGAUCUGCCAGAGGGACAACAGCUGCUACUUCAAGACCAUUGAUUGCCUUCAGGAAAAGAUUAAAGAUGCUACUGUCAACAAUGGCGAAAUCCUUCUGCAGAUCGACAAUGCUAAACUGGCUGCUGAGGACUUCAAGAUAAAAUAUGAGAAUGAGGUGACGAUACGGCAGAGUGCAAAAGCUGAUGUUGAUAACCUGCGUUGCAUACUUGAGAAGACAUGCAAAGUAAAAGCCAACCUGGAGACGCAGAUCUGUGCUUUGCAGGAGGAGCUGGUGUAUAUGAAGAAAACUCACCAGGAGGAUGUGGCAGCACUACUGUGUCAGCUGACGGACAAAAAAGUGUGUGUGGAAGUGGAUGCUGCUCCUCAGCAAGACCUGAAGAAGGUUUUGGAAGACAUCCGUUGUCAUUACGAGAACAUCAUAGACAAACAUUGCAGAGAACAGGAGCGUUGGUUCAAACAGAAGAUGGCAGAUCUGUGUAAAGAUGCAGCCACCAACACAGAGUGCCUAGAAACCUCUAUAUCCCAAAUCUCAGAAUUGCGACGCACUUUGCAGCGUCUGGAAAUCGAGCAACAGUCUCAAAUCAGAAUGAAAAGAGCACUGGAGUGCUCACUGUUGGAAACAGAGGCUAGGUACAGCACUAUGCUAGCAGGUUUCCAGAAACACAUCGACGCAUACGAGGCAGAGCUUUGUCAGGUGCGCAGUGGCAUUGAGCAGCAGGGCAGAGACUAUGCUGCACUCCUGGACAUCAAGAGCCGUCUGGAGCAGGAGAUCGCUACCUACAGGUGUCUCCUGGAAAAGCAGGACAUUAAGUAA